UUCAGAUAUCACAGAAAUUUCAGAACCGAGAUCUAACCCCAUUUAUUCAUCUCUCUCUCUCUACUCUCUCUCAUCUCUCUCUCUCUAUUGGCAUGAAAAAGACGGCACCUUAGCUCUGUGCAUCACUCACGAACUCAAGCCCAUAAUUUCACAGUCCAGUAUUACCUAAAUUGUAAAGAGUGCGAUUUCACAGUCAUUCAAACUCCAAAGUCUCAAUUAUGAGAUCAUCUUUUCAAUCAUAAGGUCCAAAUUUUGAGGUAGUAGAAGAAGUUGAAGAUUUCUCGAGUACUAUUGAAUUUAUAUAAAUGACGAGGGGACGAGCAGAUGGAGCGCAAAAGAAGCGACUGUUGACUUCUCUUUGCAUUGUGGCUGUAUUUCUUGUUUUUCUGUAUGUCUAUUUUGGCUCCAAGAAUUCUGGCGAGUCUGCUUUAGAGUAUGGCAGCCGUUCUUUGAGAAAACUAGGUGGUUCUUAUUUGGCCGGAGAAGAAGAUUCCGAUAUUGGCGGUAAACAGGAUGAAUCUUCAGUCAAGCUUGCCCUAGAUGAAGGUGAGGAUGGUAUCACUCCAAAGAGCUUCCCUGUAUGUGACGAUCGCCACUCAGAGCUGAUUCCCUGUCUGGACAGAAAUCUUAUUUAUCAGAUGAGAUUGAAGUUGGAUCUAUCUGUGAUGGAGCACUAUGAAAGACACUGCCCACCACCUGAAAGGCGGUUCAACUGCUUGAUUCCUCCUCCCCCUGGAUACAAGAUCCCAAUCAAGUGGCCGAAAAGUAGAGAUGAAAGUUGGAAGGCAAACAUCCCUCACACUCACCUAGCACAUGAGAAGUCUGACCAGAAUUGGAUGGUUGUUAGAGGAGAUAAAAUUCAUUUUCCUGGAGGAGGCACCCAUUUUCACUACGGAGCAGAUAAAUACAUUGCUUCAAUUGCAAAUAUGCUUAACUUUCCAAAUGAUAUCUUAAACAACGAAGGAAGAUUGCGCACGGUUUUCGACGUUGGCUGCGGUGUGGCAAGUUUCGGCGGUUACCUUCUUUCGUCCGAUAUCAUUGCAAUGUCGCUAGCACCAAACGACGUGCACCAGAAUCAGAUCCAAUUUGCUCUUGAGAGAGGAAUCCCUGCAUAUCUUGGUGUUCUUGGUACAAAGAGGCUUCCAUAUCCAAGCAGAUCUUUCGAACUUGCUCACUGUUCUCGUUGUAGAAUCGACUGGCUGCAAAGGGAUGGAAUCCUUCUUCUUGAGUUGGACAGGCUGCUUAGACCCGGAGGCUACUUUGCCUACUCAUCACCAGAAGCUUAUGCUCAAGACGAAGAGGAUUUGAGAAUAUGGAAGGAAAUGAGUGCUCUUGUGGAACGUAUGUGUUGGAGAAUUGCUGCGAAGAAAAAUCAAACUGUUAUUUGGCAAAAGCCUUUAACGAACGACUGUUAUUUGGAAAGAGAACCUGGUACACAGCCACCUCUCUGUCGAUCUGAUGAUGACCCUGAUGCAGUUUGGGGUGUAUUAAUGGAGACGUGCAUUACACCUUAUUCUGAGCAUGAUCACAAAACAAGAGGCAGUGGGCUCGCACCAUGGCCUGCCCGAUUAACUACUCCACCCCCACGCCUUGCUGAUUUUGGCUAUUCGAACGAAAUAUUUGAAAAAGACAUGGAACUUUGGAGUCGAAGAGUCGACAAUUAUUGGAGUCUAUUGAGCCCGAAAAUCUCGUCUGACACUAUAAGAAACGUGAUGGAUAUGAAGGCACAUUUGGGUUCAUUUGCAGCUGCCUUGAAAGACAAAGAUGUAUGGGUAAUGAACGUUGUACCAGAAGACGGACCGAAAACACUCAAGAUUGUUUACGAUAGAGGAUUGAUCGGCUCCGUUCACAGCUGGUGUGAGGCAUACUCCACAUACCCUAGAACCUACGAUUUGCUCCACGCAUGGACUGUGUUUUCCGACAUUGAGAAGAAAGGUUGCAGUGGUGAAGAUCUUCUCCUCGAAAUGGAUCGAAUUCUCAGGCCAACUGGCUUUGCUAUUAUUCGAGAUAGACAAUCUGUUAUCGAGUUUGUGAAGAAGCAUUUGGCUGCUCUGCACUGGGAAGCGAUCACAGCCGUUGAUUCGAAUUUGGAGGAUGGAGAUGAAGCGGUGCUUGUGAUCCAGAAGAAGCUCUGGUUGACAAGUGAAAGCUUCAGAGGUACUGACUAGAUUGUUAAUCCUUUUUUGAUUUGUUUCAGCUAUUCUUGGGAUCUAAGAAGCAUAUCCUAAGUUUUUUUUUGUUUAUUUAUUUAUUCUCUAUUUUUCUGUUUUUUCUUAGUAAUUUUUUUAUUGGCUAAGUAGACAAAGCCCUCUAUUUCAUAGGCUAUUCUUGAUAUAUUGUAAAAGUUUAUUGUUGGGAAUUGCUGCUGCCACUCUAAAAAUGCUUAAUAAUUCUGAAUUACAUAUUUUUCUGCUGAUAUAUUUC